UAUGUAAUUAAUUCAGCCUUUGUGCUUACCAUGUCUGGCCGAUUCAUCGAUGAUCCAUCCGUUUCCAUCGCUUUCGACGGCUUGCUAAACUUUAUACCACAAAACGUCUUCUGGUUGGGAAUUAGGCAGUCUCAACGAUAUUCCCGUGGCGCUUAAGGGAUUACUUGGGUCUGACUUCCAUUAUUCUACUCCGUGUUUCUCGUAAUGAGUCCUUAUCCGCUGUGACGUCUUUUGUUUCAAGGUUAAAUGGCGAUUGGUGGGGGUGCUAUCAUUACAAAAAAUGACAAAUCGAAUUCACGAUUGGGCGUAUAUAAAUGUGAACCCCUCCCUAGUCUGUCGUUGUUCUAGCCACCUGGAAGCCACCAGCAGUCAUCUCCCCCGUCCCGCCCUGCGAAGUUGAGCUGUUGUCAUGCCUGAAAAGAAAGAUGAAGUCGUAAAGUCCCCCUUCAAGGUUUUCGUCACCUCCCCAAGACGCAUGCUUUAUGCUAUCGCGUUUUUCCUCGUCUUUGCUUUGACUUCGUCGGAACUUGGUCUCGUUUCGCAGCAGCUUCAUAAUGGUGGUAACAACUACGCCAACUACCCUGGCAUGGAGUACAAGCAUGCUCUCGGCUUGCUUCUCUUCAGCUGUGUCUUCACCUACCUAUACCUUAUUGGACAUCUAUAUGUCUCUGGCGUCGGCCUGAUCACCUUCUUCACCUUUGUCGGCGCUGUAUUCUGGGGAACCGGCGCAGGUGUUAUAUUCCAAGUCAGCCCCUUCCGGUCGUACAAUUGUGGCAACCCCGCGGACUCGUUCUCGCCAAACUGGGCGCGGUUCGCCAAUCAGUGUUCAAGGAUCGUGUCUAUCCAGGGUAUCGCAUGGGCGAACUGGGGCCUGUUUGUCUUCCUAUUCUUCGGAAUGCUUAUUCACAAGCUCGAAAUCAAGGCUAGGCCUAAUGUGACGUUCUACGGGCCGUAGAUAUUCCUACUCGCGCGAAAGUCCGCGGGAACUCAACAUACAACGUUAAUGAUUCAUGUCGCAUGACCUUUAUCUUACUUCACUCUUGUCACUAGUAG